AUGGUUAAUCUCAUGGAUACCCUUAUGAUAAAUACGGUGACGGAGGGGGCAAUGAAUAUUUUACGAAGUGUUGGAGUUUUUAAAGACAAAUCAGUUGUAGCACCACCUCCGCCAGUAAUUAUCAAAAUGCCGUUGUGGGAGCUUGCACAAGCAGCCGGGCCUUUCGUCAGACUGGCAGGCCUAAGCGGGGCCACCGCCGUUGUUUUGGGCGCCAUGGGAGCACAUCGACAUUUUCCAGAAACUGAUACAAAGGAAGAUCUCAAAAAAAUCUUCGAAACAGCGAACAGAUUUCAUUUUCUACAUACACUGGCACUAAUGACAGUUCCAUUAUGUAGAAGGCCAUAUAUCGCGGGUUCAUUCUUCAUUGCUGGUAUGGGGCUCUUCUGUGGUACUUGCUACUACCACGCCUUUACUGGUGAAAGAGCUCUACGACGUCUCACCCCCGUCGGAGGAUCCUGUCUUAUUCUUGGGUGGCUUGCUAUGGUAUUGUAG